AUGAGUGGGAAGGUACUAACGUUAGACUUCUCCAAAAAGCCAGAGAAAGAUGGAGGUAUGGAAAACUAUAUUGAAGGUGGUACCGCCUUUACAAUUACUAGGUACGAUAUUAAAUCACCAAAGGGAUUCUUCAAGUUAGUUUACACUACGUCCGAAACUCCUUUCCAACUGACUAGUUCCUUAUUCAAUGGCCAGGAAAUAAAAAAGACUGUAGGCGCACAAGUAGAUCCAAUAGAGAAUGUCACUGAAGUAGAAUCAUAUUUCUGGAAUGGGAAUGAUAACACACCUAUGCUACUUGGAAUUACAAGGAAUGGAAUAAAUUACGGUAAACAAAAGUACUAUUCCUAUAUGUAUGAUGAUAAAGAAAGAAAGAGUUAUUGGUCACCUGCUGGUACUGAAUAUAAAGAACUUGUGCGGCUACUAGAUGAGAACAAUUGUCAAAUAAACCAAGCGGUUCCAUUUGAAAUAACUGAUCCUACAAAUUACUACGCCACGUACAAUUCUUACUGUAUAAACAAUAGCAGAAAUAUUACAGGUCCUAUUACUCCACUUCCUCUAGUUGAUAACAAAUAUAGCGUUAAGGAAUAUACCGUUCAUAAUAAGGAUCCCGUAGAUCCCUUUAACUCGGGUACUAAGGUUUCCAGAGUGACAUUUAAUGGACAAGAUACUACUGGAAUAAAUCUUAACAAAAAUGAUGCAGUAUCGGGGAUUAGGGUUUAUUCUUGCCCAGGUUCUGGUGAUGGUGGUGACAUACCCCUCAUGCUCGAGUUUAUAAAGAAAGAUCCUGGAGAAGAGUCAAGGUGGUAUUACAGCCAAGUUCCUGGUGGUACUCAAUGGGCACCAGCUGGUAAGACAAAGUCACAGAAGUUUUAUGCAUCAGGGAAACCUACAGAAAAACUUACAACUGAGCUAGAUGAUGUUAGAUGUUUGCGUAAUGAUGAAGUUACCUUGGAUAUAUCUUUUGAGAAUUCUGAGGAGCAUCAGAAUCGAAGGUACUGUUGUGAGAAACAUAACGAUGAGAUAUAUAAGAAGGUAACUGUUGAUAAAAAGGAAGUUACAGGCAAAACUUCUAUUCCUUACUACAAACAUUCCCUGACUGCUAAUACUAAACUUGCAGCUAUAAAGUAUUAUCCUCAUGGAAAUAAGGAUAUUAGAAAGUAUAUAGUGCCUUAUGAGUUAAAAUUUCCUAUCCUUGGCUCACCUAGUGUCUAUGUAUUCUACUGCAGAAAUAAUCCGGUACUCAUUUAUGUUGAUUCUGGCACAAACGUGGCUACUGGAUGGUACAAAAAAAGUACCUCCAGCAAAGAUCAAUGGGAAAAACUCCAAAGUGAACUUCCAAACCAAACACCAGAUAAUUUCAAAAACUGUGAUGAUAAAUUUAACAAACUUGUGGAAAUACUAAAACCUUUUGGAUGCAGCUAUUCGCCAUGUGCUGACAAAUCAUCGCAGGCUCAAGUAAAAGUGCAAGCAGAUCCAGGAGUGACCAUUCAGCUUUCACAAAACCAGAAGGCAAAGAGUGGAAAUCCUCUUACUCAUAAAUAUACUGAUAUUACAAAUCAGAAGGACAUUACUGUCACAAGAACUUCCUAUCCUGUUAAGGGAACUACUCAGGACUUCUUAAAGUUUAUCCAUACCCCCAAUGGACUAUCAUUCAAACUAAACGAAAUAAGGGAUGAUAACGAUGAGGCCAUUACAGAGAUUAAGCAUAUCUCUGAUAAGAUUGGUUUAGUUGGAGCUUAUUACUGGAAGUAUGAGACUAGUAAGAAUCCGCUACUGAUUGAGGUAGAAGAUGGCGGUAAGUACUCCUAUUAUACAAAGAUUAAGGAUAAAUGGGAUAACUAUGAUAAGAUUAAAGACUCUAGAAAUGGACCUACUCAAGCCGAGUUAGAAUCGCUCAAUUGUGAGAUAAACGAUGUCAUUCAAAUAGAUGUCACGCAAACUUCUGAUUAUUGCCAUAAUGAUAAAGAUUCUCAAAGUCCUCAUAAGUAUAAAAGGAAAAUUAGAGUUCUUAAAGCUAGCAAUAAUCUUGGAAGCUAUGUUGCUUAUGCUCAUAUUCCAAAUAUAGAUGCGGGAAUAUAUGCAUUCAAUAUUUCUGGCUUUACUAAGGGAGGUAUUGAAAAGGUCAAUUUUGAUAGGAAUCUGAAACUACCUGUUACCGAUGCUAGUAGAGUAGUUGUUUAUUUUUGCAAGAAGGAAGUUAAUACCAACAAUACUCCAAAUAACCCCCUUCUCAUUUAUGUACCUCAAGCUAAUGGAAAGAAGUUAUUUCAAAAACCUUCUCGAGAUAGCGAUAAUAACUGGGAACCUGUUUCUGGUAGUAAUUUGACCGAUGACUCCCAAAUUCUGGAAAUUAUCAACUUUUUGGAUUGUAUAGAGAGUGACUGUAAACCGUCGUCCGUAGUUAUAGAUAUUUAUCAGAGAAAAGAGCCUAAAGAAGCUACUACUUAUGAAAGUUCUCCUUCUACCAUAGAGGUAAAACCAAUUUCUAAUCCACAAGUUCAAGGUUUUGCCGAAUGUGUUCACACAGUAUCCGGGAGGAAUAGCUACUUCAGUGUUAAGGAGUUCCAAUAUAAUGGAGAAGAGACUAAAAUAUUUUUGACUCCUACGAAAUACGUAACUUCUGUUUCUGCAUAUUACUGGACUCAUUUAGAAGCACCUGUCAAACAGAAUAGUGAGAGAGGCAGACCUUUACUUGUCAAGGUAGCUACUCAGGAGCCUACUGGAGGAAUGGUGAAUGAGAGGUACUAUGAAAAUACUGGUGAUCCUAAUAAUACAAAGUGGCAGGAAUGGAAUCCAGGAUCUUUAGAGGACCUCAAAAGUAAACUCCGUCGUUUAAACUGCAUACUUAAUAACGCAGUGAUCAUAGAUGUGUCUCAGAAGACUCCUAAUGGCCCAAAGGUUUAUGGUGCUUGCAAGGAUAAAACUUUUGACGGACAUCAUCAUGAUUGUAAUAAGAUGAAGGCCACGAAGGAGGAUCAUACUUCUGGUAUCUCUCUUGGAAGUUAUGAAUGUUACACCCAUGCUCUUGCAAAACCACAAGGUAAUGAAAAAUUCCACAUAACCGAAUUUCUAAGUGAUGGUAACACGAUAAAUAUCAAUGGAAUAGGAACUCCUAUUCGAUCCGUUUUGGAUGUGAGCGAGGUUAAAGUCUACCUUUGUCCUCUGGAUCUCCCUAACAAGCCCCUACUCUUGUACUACAAGACUGGUGGAGAGCAUAGAUGGUACAAGAACCCUUCUGGAGGAACCCCUGAUAAAUGGCUAUCUGCAGAAGAUAUCUUGAAUACAAGUACUGACCCAGGUUCCCAUGAAAAAAUCCGUGGAGUACUUGACAGUCUUCAGAGUAAAUGUAGACCUACUGAAAAUCCUCAACCUAUUGCUGCUGAAGCUGGCUUUAUUGGUACUAUAGCUGGAUACUUUUUUGCUGGUUCUGCAGGAUCCGGACUAACUGGUUUAUUGGGAUAUAAGGGUUAUAAGUUCUACCAAAGCUUUAAAGGAGACCCUUGGGUUAGACAGAUUUGA